AAGUGGUACCAAAGUUUUCAGUUUUCAGUCUCGUGUUUAUAAAAGACUUCCCUCCCUCCCUCAAAUUCUCAAACUCCAAAACGUAGAAAUGGUACAAUUCCAUGAACAAAUAAUCUCAGAGCUGAUCGAAGAACCUCCCAAUGGCAGCGGCCUCGUUAUCCUCUCUUCCGGCCUCUCUCUACCAAAGCUCAUCUCCUCCCUCCUCCUCCUUCACUCCCCAUCUCAGGGCUCCCUCCUCCUCCUCUCUCCCACCUCCGCCGCCCUCAAAUCCCAAAUCCUCCACCACCACAACCCCCAUAACCGAAUCUCCGAAAUCUCUGCCGAACUCCCCGCUCACCAACGCUUCUCUCUCUACUCCUCCGGCUCCAUCUUCUUCAUCACGCCUCGAAUUCUCAUUGUCGACCUCCUCAACUCCAAAAUCCCCACCUCUGCCAUCGCCGGGCUGGUUAUCCUCACCGCUCAUUCUCUCUCCGAGACCUCCACCGAGGCCUUCAUCGUCAGAAUCUUCCGGUCCCUGAACCGCGAUGCCUACGUUAGGGCCUUUUCCGAUAAGCCUCACUCGAUGGUUUCUGGGUUCUCUAAGGCCGAGAGGAUCAUGAAGUGUUUGUGUAUUAGGAAGUUGCACCUUUGGCCUCGGUUCCAUGUUUAUGUGUCUCAGGAGUUGGAGAAGGAGGCUCCCGAAGUGGUGGAUAUUAGGGUUCCAAUGGCUAAAUACAUGGUGGCGAUUCAGAAGGCGAUUUUGGAGGUCAUGGAUGGGUGCUUGAAGGAGAUGAAGAAGACGAAUAAGGUUGAUGUUGAGGAUCUGACGGUCGAGAAUGGUUUGUUUAAGUCGUUUGAUGAGAUUGUGAGGAGGCAGCUGGACCCCAUUUGGCACACUUUGGGGAAGAAGACCAAGCAGCUCGUCUCCGACUUGAAGACACUGAGAAAACUUUUGGACUAUCUUGUUAGGUAUGAUGCAGUGACUUAUUUGAAGUAUUUGGAUACACUUCGAGUUUCAGAGAGUUAUAGGUCGGUCUGGAUGUUUGCAGAGUCAAGCUACAAGAUAUUUGAGUUGGCAAAGAAAAGAGUUUAUCGUUUUGUGGCAUCUGAUGGUUCAAAAUUAAGCAGUCCAAGUAAGAGUUCAACCAGUAAAAAGAGAAAAUUGAAGGGGGGCGCUGAUGAUAAUGAAAAUAAAAAAGUUGGUGGCUCUUCAUCAAUGAACACGAAUGUUUCAAUUGUUUUAGACGAAGUUUUGGAGGAAGCACCGAAGUGGAAGGUGUUACGUGAGGUCCUUGAAGAGAUAGAAGAGGAAAGACAAGAGCAAGCUUUGUCCAGUGAAGAACUUGUUAGGGACGAAGAGGUUGAUAGUGGCAUUGUUCUGGUGGCAUGCAAAGAUGAGCGCUCAUGCUUACAACUUGAACAAUGCAUCACCAAUGGUCCAAGAAAGGUCAUGCAACAAGAAUGGGAGAACUACUUGCUGAACAAAGUACAGCUGCGUGACUUGCAAACACGCUUUAAAAAGAAACCAAAGGAACCCAAAGGUUUUGGGAUUCUUGAUGGAGUUAUGCCUGUAGCACCUGCACAAAAUGCAGAACCUAGCGGUAUAAACAAGCAGGAACAUGGUGCACUAGUGGCGGCAGCAUCAGAAAUAAAAAACCGACUUAAAAAUGAUAAUGUUGGAGUUGAUCCUCAGCCUGAAGCUAGUGGCCAAGGAGGUGGAAGAGGAAAGCAAAAAGUAAGGAGCAAAAAAGAAAUCCCAAACAAUUGUAAGAGCCAUGGUAAUAAAGAUAAUAAGAGUAGUAAGAAGGCAUUAGAUGGAUCUAGUUCAGAAAAUGAAGGCCAAACUGAUGAAGUUGAUCCAGCAGCUGCAGGUGGUUUUUCAGAAGCCAUAUGUCAUGUUGCAUCCACAGACAAAGGGGUUCUGUGCAGACAUGUUCAAGCGCCUGAAGCUACAGCUUCUGGAAAUGCUAAUAAACCAAUACCUCCAGCAUACUUUUAUGCCCUAGAAAGUGGUCAACCUAUACUUGACAUUUUGAACCCUUCUGUUAUUAUUGUUUAUCAUCCAGAUAUGACCUUUGUCAGGGAGAUUGAAGUCCACAAGGCUGAAAAUCCAUCUAAGAAGUUGAAAGUUUAUUUUCUAUUCUAUGAAGAUUCGACAGAAGUGCAAAAAUUUGAGGCUAGCAUACGUAGGGAGAAUGGAGCAUUUGAAUCAUUGAUUAGACAGAAAUCAUUGAUGAUGAUCCCAGUCGAUCAGGAUGCGCAUUACCUGGGAUUGAAUUCUUCUGUAGAGGCACAAGGUACAUCUUCCCAAAAUUCCAUAACCAGAAAGGCAGGGGGGAGAAAGGAAGCUGAUAAAGAAAUGCAGGUCAUAGUGGACAUGAGGGAAUUCAUGAGUAGCCUUCCAAAUGUUCUUCAUCAAAAAGGCAUGCGAAUAAUUCCAGUGACCUUGGAAGUUGGGGAUUAUAUUCUUUCACCAUUUAUAUGUGUGGAGAGAAAGAGUAUCCAAGAUCUUUUCAUGAGCUUCACAUCAGGCCGCCUGUACAACCAGGUGGAAAUGAUGGUUCGUUUUUAUAAGAUACCUGUCCUCCUUAUUGAGUUUUCACAGGAUAAAAGCUUUUCAUUUCAGUCUGCAAAUGAUAUUGGAGAUGAUGUCACACCAACCAAUGUUAUAUCAAAGCUGUCAUUGCUAGUUCUACACUUCCCUCGCCUACGCAUAAUCUGGUCCCGCAGCAUGCAUGCUACUGCUGAGAUAUUUGCUGCACUCAAGGCAAAUCAGGACGAACCUGAUGAGGCGAAAGCAAUGAGAGUUGGGGUACCCUCAGAAGAGGGCAUUAUUGACAAUGAUGUGAGAGCUGAAAAUUACAAUACAUUUGCUAUGGAGUUUUUGAGACGACUACCAGGUGUGAGUGAUUCAAACUACAGGGCCAUUAUGGAUGGUUGCAAGAGCUUGGCAGAACUCGCACUCCUUCCGGUAGAGGGGUUAGCUGAACUAAUGGGUGGUCAUAAAGCUGCUCGGACGCUUAGAGAGUUCCUUGACGCCAAAUAUCCAACAUUGCUGUGAAAUUUCAUUCUUUCCAAUCUCCAUUCAAAUUUCAGCUUCUUGGUUUAAAGUUUAAACCUCAGUAGUCCUAGGAGAAAAAGAAGAUUAGGUUACUAGAUUUAAGUUGUAGAAAAAAUGUCCCUUUCCAAUUUCAUAUAACAUACUUUUAUUUUUCAAUCAACCCAACCCAUUGAUGUCA